AUAGCACUUCCUCGACCACCAUCUAUCCAUCUAUCUAUCUGAGUUUCACAUUGUAUUGUAUAAUGGGAUCCCGUUGUCAACUAUAGUGUGAUGGGCAUAGCAAGAACUGUCCAGUAUCUCGGAAUCCCCUCACAGCCAUUAUGAUUCAUUGUGCAUUAAAAGCUUGCCCUUCAACACCCAUAUUUUUGUAUCAACAUGUCCCUCUGUAUAUCACCAGCGCCAGUCGACUCAGACAUUGUGCGUUCAGUGCUAGGACCUACCUUUGCGGGGUGCAUGGUUGCUGUAGGACUUUCAGCGGUUUUAGGGUUUCAGGUCUUUUUAUACUUUCGCAUAUUUCCUUCCGACGCAUUACGGUACAAGGUUUUGGUUGGAUGGAUUUGGGUUCUUGAUGUUGUGCAUACUGUUCUGCUCUGUACUACGAUGUGGCGGUAUCUCAUUGUCAACUUUGGUAAUAUGGCUGCUGUGAACGAACUUUUCCCGACUACUGCAGUUGAAAUCUCAAUAACCGCUAUCACCACUCUGACUGUCAAUGGUUUUUACAGUUGGAGGAUCUACAAAAUGAGCAAGCAUAACUGGUGGCUGAUUGGGCCUAUUGCUUUUCUUUCUGUUUCUCAAGUUGGGCUUUCAUUGACUUCAACAGUCGGAUUUAUUUCUGCAGGCGAAAUAAGUGAUAUUCCACAUAGAAUCGGGAAUGUGUUCAUAGCCAGUUUGGUUGUAUCUGCAACCUCUGAUGUUCUCAUCUCCGUGGCACGCUACUAUUAUCUACGGAAUCUUAAACAGGGACACUGGCCGACUCAAGAAAUCGUGGAAAUCAUGGAUGCAACACUGGUGUUUACAAUUAAUGAUGGGUUUCUAUCAUGUGUUGUUGCAAUUGCUACAGUAGUAUGUGACUUGGCAAUGCACAACAAUAAUAUUUACCUAGGCAUCUAUUUUACUAUUUCCAAGUUUUAUUCAAAUUCCGUACUUGCCACUCUUAAUCUUCGCAAUUGGUAUCGACAUCGAUAUGCCCAUCCAGUUGGGCUCUCAUUGAUGCGCCCACUAACUAUUGAUGGGCAGACAGUACACCAUAGUGGGCGUUCACCGCCACCCAAUCAUAGUAGUUCUCCAAGCAAACAUGCUUAUCCUAAUAAGAUCAAUGACACGGUAGUCGAAGUACACACGCAGCGUCAAGUCGAGUAUGACAUCUCCAAUCUAAUCACAAAUGACGCCCAGGCGAAUACAGAGAAUUAGAGAAUAGAGAAGCGCGUGAUCAUUGUGAUUAUCUAGGAGAAAAAAAUACCAAAGAUGUACUCUGUUUGCCUCAUAUAAUCCACUAUUCUCAACACCA